UGUAGUAAUGGCUGCUGAAGUUUCUCCGGUAUCGACUCCGACCAAAAAAACCACAGAUAACUUUGUGAAAAGUAUCGUUUUGACAGGAACAGGUGGGUACGACAAACUACAGAUUAAAUAUGGACCGAAACCAGUCCCGAAAGCAGGCGAACUUAUUGUCAGAGUUAAAGCAUGUGGCCUGAAUUUUGCGGAACUCGGUGUGCGGCAAGGACUCUACGAUCGGCCAAUAAAGCCACCUUGCGUUCUCGGGUUAGAAGCUUCGGGAAUUGUAGAGGAACUGGGCGAAGGCGUGUCGGAGUUCAAGGUUGGAGACAGGGUGCUAUGCAUGAAGGACUUUGGACUGUGGACAGAGCUAGUGGCGAUACGCGAGGAACAAUGUUUCGCGAUGCCCGAUGGCAUGUCUUUCGAAGAGGGUGCUGCUCUGCCUGUCAACUAUGUAACCGCCUAUCUCAUGCUGUUUGAGUUUGGAAACCUGAAACGCGGCAAGAGUGUGUUGAUACACAUGGCUGCUGGUGUAGAUAUUGUCCUCGAUCCUCUAUCCGGGACAGAUGCGGUCAAGGGAUUCCAGCUUCUGAAGCCCAUGGGCAAGAUCAUUCACUUUGGAAUGGCGAACAUGGUGCGCGGGGAGGUACGAAGCAUCUUCUCUGUCGCGAAGACCUGGUGGCAGAUGAACAGCAUCUCUCCGAUGGAGCUUAUCAGCAAGAACAAGGCUAUUUGUGGCUUCCACAUGGGUCACCUCACAGGUGAGAUGGAGCUGUUACGCUCAACAAUGCUCGAAAUUCUCGACUUAUACAAGAUGGGCAAGAUCAAGCCAAAGAUCGACUCCAUCUGGCCCUUUGAGCAGGUGGGACGCGCGAUGGCCCAAAUGCAUGACAGGAAGAACAUCGGAAAAUGCAUCCUCUCACCGGACUCUCCUGCAGAUGCCGACGUUCCUAUGGCAACCAACUCCAUCUUGGAAGCUCGGCAGUCCGUGGAGGAGGCAGAUAGUCACUAGGGGCCGUGGGUUAAGGAGGUGAUCAUGUCAGGAGAGGGGGGGGUGGUCGGCUAGUUGUAGUCUCAUGAGUGAGGAGAAAAGAAGAGUGUCAGCGAUAGAUUGUAGUCUUGCAGUUGAGUGAAGAAGAAGUGAAGAGAAGCAAAUGUAAAGACAAGAGGGAGUAGUAGGAAGAAAAACUGCUGAGUGACGUUCACAAACGUAUCAAUCGUAUACGGGUUGAAAAAGGGGAAAGAGAGGGGAAAAGGGAUUGCAGGGGAAAAGCAAAAGCUUAUUAUAUUGAUCAAAUGGAUUAGAUGCGUAGGUAUUCAUUAAUCAAAGCAGCUAACGAAAUUUUAAACGAAUAAUUUCCAUGGGCAUCGAUUCUUUCAAGGUCAUUAAUUCUGCUGAAGGUUAUAAAGUUUUACUCCUCAAAAGUUAUAAAGGUCGAAGAUUGCGCAGUUUGGACUGGCCGCACUCCAUCCUACAAUCAAUAUUCUCCAUGUUUCUUUGACUGUUUCCGAGUAGCCAAUCAUGUCUCCAGAAAUUAUCUUGCUCGCUAAAUUUGGGUGACGUAAAACCUGGUUACUAAACACAGGCAUAUAACACACACAUACUUGGCAUUCAAGUCAAUGCGAGCAAUUCGUAGCACUUCGUUUCCAUCAGCAGUGCAUGGUAUUAUAGGAAUAUAAUUCUAGAGAAACAGAGGAGAACAUCCUCAAAUAUUAUGUGGUUUUGUCAUCAGGCACAUGGUUUUUAAUAGGCAGACUGGCAUUUGGUUGUGUUUAUGUUACGUUCCAGUUGUUAUGUCGAGAUGCACUUUUAGAGUGUUAACUUUUAUUGUCACUAGCUGUACACUAUGUCCUAGCUACAACAUGCUUUGAUAUUCUCCCCUGGCCAGCAUUUACAAUUUAAUUAAACAUGGCCGCAUUCGGAUUUGCGAAUAUAUCAAUGAUUCUCGCAGAUGAAUGUGCAAUGAACCAAGUAAAAAUUCUGCCUGCAUCAGUCCUCAAGGGUAGAGGACCUUGCAUCGUUAGUUGAAUACUAUGGUGAUAGCUAAUUGCACGAGGUCUGCUUGACAGGAUAACCAUAUGCAUCCAAUUGCAUUUACUGACCCCUCGUUGCUCGGUGAAUGUUGAAGUCAACAGUCAGGCCGUGAGGAAGUUGUUGUUACAAAACAACAAGCCGACUACCUGUCAUAACUGAAUCACGCUGGUUGAAUCAUAUUAUCAUUUAUUAAUUAGUUUAAUUGAUUAAUACUGUAACCAGAGUUCAGCACUGUACUGUUUUCUACUCACGGAAGAUUCAUUACCAUCGGUGAUUUCAUUAGUCGUUUACUGCUGCCAUAAUCAUGCAUGAAGCAGGCUUGAGAAAUGCUUGCAUUCUGUCAAGGUAAGCACAUGUUACUGCACAUAAUUUUAUUUACAUUCCGAAUGAAACCGAUAUAGAGAAAGAAAGAGGAUGGGUAGAUGGCAGGUAUGUUAUUGUGUGUGGGGAAAUACAGGAAUCAUUUGCAUAGGUUACGUGUCAUAGUGUGCUAGAUAUUUCAUGGAGUGUCAUUUCGAGCAGUUACUGCACGUUGUAGAACGGGGAACCAAUGUGAGGAGUCGUAUACCAUCAUCAUCGCAGACCAUGCAUAGAUUAGCUAAGAAAUGCCAACAGGUGUUUUAGUGUCCAAUAACGACAUAGCAUUAACGUUCAUAGUUUGAAUGUUUUGACGAUAGUUUUUCUGUGACAUUAUAUUCAUGAUAUUUGUGCUGUUAUUCAUGCUAUUGUGCUGUGCCGGUUACUUUGUGGUGUGCUAUUACACCCAUACAUUUAUACCAUGAAUGUAUAGGUUGAGUUAUUAUAUACAAGUCAGGAACUCGUGUAGCGAAUUGACACAGACGUCAAAACCUGCUUAUUAUUAUCCUGGCUCGUAUCAGAAAAAUGAACCUUGACCUGAAAUGAUGAAACUUCUACGAAUCUUAGUGUGCCUGGUUACAGCUGUUAAAGUUGCUGCUCAUCUUCUCACGUAUAGGCGAGUGUGGACCAAUCUAAACAUUACGAGAUGCAACAUGCCCGGUGAUGAGCACUUGGGUAACCCAAACCCCCUUAUUGUUAUAUCGUAGUGGACCAAGUGGAUCCGGUGUAAUGCACGCAAGGUCGACUGUAUAUAAUGAAUAAAUUUGCUUGGCUGCAUUGCCAAAUGCGUGGUUUGACUAGUUAA